AUGCAGUUCUAUCCUAAAGCGCGAGAGCGGCGACCUAGCAUCCAUGAUCCAUCUGUUCUCCCGCGUCGAUUGGGCGUCCUGAAGGCAGCUGCUGCCAAUCUUCUGAUUCUCCAAAUUCUAUUCCUCGGUCUGUUCUGUUACAUAUUCGGGUCCCUCUUCCAGCAGUCCGGACACAUUCACAACAUCAAUAUUUUGUUCGUUGACUACGAUGGCGGUGCGAUAGGCGACGCGGCCCGUAUCGCGUUCCAAAAGCUCAAAGGACCAGGCUUUCCAACUCUCAUUGAGCAAUCCGCCUCCGUGUACCCCCGGCCUGGCUCGAUUGAAGGCGCAGUCUGCGACAUCAAAUACUGGGGAGCCUUGUACACCUCGGCGAAUGCGUCCAAUGCUUUGAGUGCUGCACUUGCGGGUGGGUCAUCUGCCUCUUCCUAUAACAAGACCGAUGUUCUCACCAUGGUGUGGAACGAAGUGCGCUACCCGGCGGUCGUUGAUUCAGCCGUUGCAGGUAGCAUGAAACUGCUGUCGGAAACUGCGCGUGUUGCGUACUCGCAGACCAACGGGAAAAUGGCUCUCGAGAGUGUCAACAGCUCGGAUCCUGCUGCGCUUGCGGCAUUAUACGAUCCUUGGACAUUGACCGACAACAAUAUUCUACCCACGACACAAGGAUCAAGGCUCAUUUACAACACGCUAGUCAUUAUAUUGAUCCUGAUCCAGGAAUUCUUCUAUCUCGGUACUGUCAAUGGCUUAUACGCUCAAUUCAAACUCUACACAUCAGUAUCACCCCACCGCAUCGCGACAGCGCGCCAAAUCAUCUCUUUAAUCUACACACUCGUCGGGGCCAUGUGUACGGCCGGUGCAAUUUGGGCAUUCCGAAGUGGUUGGAAUGUCAACGGAAACCAGUUCGCGCUCACUUGGCUGGUACUAUGGCUCUUUGCACAUUUGAACUUCCUUGUGCUAGACGUUUUCACUAUCUGGCUUCCGCCUCCCUACGUACCGAUGGCGCUGAUAUCAUGGGUCAUCUUGAAUGUCACUUCCAUUCUUCUCCCGUUCGAGCUGUCACCUGCAUUUUACAAAGUGGGCUACGCUCUACCGGCACAUGCCGUCUUCCAGGUACUUAUCGACAUCUGGUCUUCUGGCUGCAACCCCCAGCUCUAUCACUCGCUGCCUGUUCUCUUCGCCUACGAAGUUCUUGGUCUUAUUUUGAGUUCCAUCGGUGUGUAUCGAAGGGCCCAUUACGCAUGUAUCAACCAAGAGAAGGACGAAAAGACUUUCCAUCAGCGGGUGGCGGACACACUGGCCGAGCAACAACAGGCUCAACCUGUCAGACGGGAAACGAGACGUGAUGACCAAGAAGGCGGAAUAUCGGAAACCGAGAGCGAGGAAGGUGAUGCUAUGCAAAGGCGAGGCACCGCGACAUCAAUCACAGGUCAAGCGGGGUUGGCCAGCACCAUCAACCGUGAGAUGUCACGGUCGAGGGUUGAUAGACCAGAUACAAGCCGAGAUAGCACCGGCCCGUCCUUUGCCUUGGCCUAUAGAGAUUGA